UAUUGACUCUUCCUACGCUGUUUGUGACUCUCAUUAUUCUGUUUACUGCUUUGCAACUUUCAUCUUUUUAGUAUUUUUCCUAGGCCCAAGAACCAAAAAAGGGAAAUUUGUUUAAAAUUGAAGAAAGACUGUAAGACAGGGGCUUUUUCCACAAUCCUAAUGUCUGCAGCAGGCUCAUCUCUGAGUGUGUUUGCAUUGCGUCUGGGCCCAGGACAGGAGUUGCUGUCCUCUCUGCAGGCAUUCGUACAGGAGAAGCAGCUCAAAGCUCCUUUCAUCAUCACAUGUGUGGGCAGCGUGACAAAAGCAACACUACGACUGGCCAACGCAACAUCAGACAAACCCAAUCAGGUAAUCCGUCUUCAAGAGCGCUUUGAAAUUGUGUCUCUGGUAGGCACACUAAACACCGAAGCUCAUCUGCACAUCAGCCUGGCUGAUAAAGAAGGCCGGACCGUCGGCGGUCAUGUACUGGGUGACCUGGAGGUGUUUACAACAGCAGAAGUGAUUUUAGGGGAAGCCACUGAUCUGCACUUUACAAGACAGAUGGACAGCAGGACCGGCUUUCCUGAGCUGGUCAUUGAAAAGCGUCUGGAGCAAACAUAAUGCAUUUUCGAGAAGAAGAAUGAUGUGUGUGCAGGGUGUUUAAAUAAACAAAAAUUCCAUGUUAUACAAUGA